GUCCAAAAGCAAUACCAGCGUCGCCUAAGGCUCUAGAAAAGCGUCUCUGAUAGAAGACGAGCGCAGAGGACUGGCCAGACAACAAGGAGCACCUACAACGAACCCAGCCAUUUGAGGUCGUGACGAUAACAUCUACAAACAGCUUCCUCAGAUUUCAAGCCUGCUCGUUCUCCAUAUCCUGUUCACCUUGCUGCACUACGUGUGCUCUGUUGUAUUGCUUGUGCUCCUCAAGCUACCUGCUAAGGAUGGCCCUAGUCUACACAAGCUAUCUCCGCCUUGCGACUAGAGUGGCCUCAUCUCCAUCGGCGAACAGCCUCCUUAUCUUUAUAUGCUCGCUACCGCCACUGUUGCUCGGUAAACACUACGGCAAACACGGCACUCAACCCGAGACCCGAAGGAAUUAUGAACGCGAAGAUGAACAGGUAGCGUGCGGAUACUAUCAGUACCCUCUCUGGCUCUCCUUCCUCCUCCUCGCCUCCACAGCUAUCGAGCUCCCGCUCAUUCUGGCAUUCCACCCUGUCACCAUCGCUUACCCGGCCGAUAUCCUCGACCUGCCUUCUCCAGGACGACUGACGCUCCAAGUGCUUGGAUUGUUCUUGAUGGAAGGGCUUUGCCGUCGUUUGAUCAGGUCGCUCGUCUUACCAGUGAGCUUCAAACUGCGGAAGGAGAUGGAUGAGGACCAGGAUCAGGAAGAUGGUGAAGACGAGCAUAUUGCCGAGGAUGAUAUUGCAACUAACGCCGUUGUGGAUUUCUCAACGGCCCGUAUCACGCUAAUGGUGGGUUCUGCGAUUCUUGGGAUGCCUCGCAGGGGCAGCCUCACGGGGCAACUGGGCAAAUUGCACCCACUAAGCGUGGCGGGAUGGGCAAUUGUAGAUGGAACCUGGCGGAAUCUGUAGAUUCUGGCUCGUGUGAUGGGAACGCGGUGUCAUUGAAUGUGUCAUUCAGCUUAUAAAAGUAGCUUAGCUUCGCACAGUUCUUUCGCUCGAUCUACCCUUGUUUAUUGCCUGCCUAA